AACUGUCGUAGUUAGUGACACUCAGUCGUUUUCAUAAUGGCAAGAUAUUCAUUUUUUAGAGUUACUUUUAGCUUUACUUUUGUCAUCACGUAUGGCUUUGCUAAUGACACAUUGUCUUUUCCCAAGGAUUUUCUAUUUGGCGUAUCUACUGCUGCUUAUCAAGUAGAAGGAGCUUGGAAUAUAAGUGGUAAAGGCAUAAGUAUUUGGGAUCGAUGGACACAUGAUCAUCCAAAUCUUAUACGUGAUGGCAGCAAUGGUGAUGUGGCUUGUGAUACUUAUCACAAAUAUAAAGAAGAUGUACAGAUAUUAAAGAACAUAGGUGUUGCCUUUUAUCGCUUUUCUCUCAGUUGGACACGUAUUUUACCAACUGGUUAUCCUAAUAAUAUUAAUCAAGAAGGACUUAAUUAUUACAAAAAUCUUAUUAAUGAAUUAUUAGCGAAUGGUAUUGAACCAUAUGUCACUUUAUAUCAUUGGGAUCAUCCAGACAUCUUUGAAACCAUGGGUGGAUGGACUAAUGAAAUGAUGGUUGAAUGGAUAUCCAAUUAUGCAAGAGUUGUUUUUAAAGAGCUUGGCCCCAAAAUUAAAUACUUUAUAACUCUCAAUGAACCCGGAAUCUUUUGCGAUCACGGAUACACGACAGGCAUAAAAGCACCAGGAAAGAAAUUAGGCCGUAUUGGUCAAUAUCUUUGUGUGCAUAACAUGCUGAAGGCACAUGCCAGGAUUUAUCAUAUUUAUAACAAAGAAUUUCGGAAUCAGCAAAAAGGCCAAAUCGGUAUAGUUUCAUACGGCGUAGGCCUAUUCCCGAAAAAUGCUUCUGAUAUCGCAGCAGUAGAUAUAGCUUUCCAAUUUAUUUGCGGAUGGAUAAACCAUCCUAUUUUUUCACAGACUGGUGAUUACCCAGCAAUUAUGAAAACUCGUAUAGCUGAGAGCAGUAAAUUAGACGGUUUUCCAAAAUCAAUUUUGCCAGUAUUUUCACCAGAAUGGGUGCAGUAUAUUAAAGGUACAUCAGACUUCUUCGGAAUAAAUAUUUAUACUUCAAAAAUAGUAGAAACGGUGCCACGAAUUAACGGACAGCCAUGGUAUGAAUAUUCCGGCAUAAAAAAAAGUGUAGAUCCAUCGUGGCCAAAAACCGCGCUACCUGACUUCAGGAUUGUUCCUGCUGGAUUUCGACAACUUCUUAAUAAAAUUACAACUGAAUAUAAUCGUCCACCUAUCUUCAUUUUCGAGAAUGGUUUCUCCGACUCAUGUUGUACUUAUGAUUAUGCAAGAAUAUCUUUCUUAAAUUCUUAUAUGAAGGAAAUGUUAGCUGCCAUUAAGAAAGAUAAUUGUAAUGUGAAAGCAUAUACUGUUUGGAAUCUCUUUGACGAUUUUGAAUGGGAGUAUGGUUAUACACUACGAUUUGGAUUAGUAAGUGUCGAUCAUAACGAUCCUAAUCGAACAAGAACUCCGAAAUUGUCAAUGGAUUGGUAUAAACAAGUUAUUAAGUCUCGAAAACUUGAGAAUUCUUAGAUAGAUAAAUAUAUAAGAUAAAUAUAUUUUAAGUUAGACCUACAAGUUAGAUAAAAGGACAUAAAAUUAUUUAGUUGAACAUUCCGUUAUUUGUUUGAGUCUCUGUUAUUUCUAAAUUAAUUGUUUAUAUAUUAUGUUACAUAUA